AUGGCUAUAAGUUCUAAGACUUCAGGGGUGCCAGUAUCAUCACCGUUUGUGGGUGGGGAAGUAGGGAUUGCUCGGAUUGCUCUAGCACUGGCUGGCGAGGAUUUACCGAGCACGCUGAUCUUGGACGAUGUCUACCAAGCUAAGCUGUUUACGAAUCAGUGUUUGACUCCUAAUGUAUGUAGGGCUGGCGAGGAGUUGCCGAGCACGCUGAUCUUGGACGAUGUCUACCAAGCUAAGCUGGUUACGAAUCAGUGUUUGACUCCUAAUGUAUGUUGGGCUGGCGAGGAGUUGCCGAGCACGCUGACCUUGGCUGGCGAGGAUUUACCGAGCACGCUGAUCUUGGACGAUGUCUACCAAGCUAAGCUGUUUACGAAUCAGUGUUUGACUCCUAAUGUAUGUAGGGCUGGCGAGGAGUUGCCGAGCACGCUGAUCUUGGACGAUGUCUACCAAGCUAAGCUGUUUACGAAUCAGUGUUUGACUCCUAAUGUAUGUAGGGCUGGCGAGGAGUUGCCGAGCACGUUCAUCCUGGACGAUGUCUACCAAGCUAAGCUGUUUACGAAUCAGUGUUUGACUCCUAAUGUAUGUAGGGCUGGCGAGGAGUUGCCGAGCACGUUCAUCCUGGACGAUGUCUACCGAGCUAUGCUGUUGCACGACUCAGCGGCUGGCAGGGAGUGUCCGAGCACGCUGAUCUUGGACUAUGUCUACCAAGCUUAUUUGUUUACGAAUCAGUGUUUGACUCCUAAUGCAUGUAGGGCUGGCGAGGAUUUACCGAGCACGCUCACCCUGGACGAUGUCUACCGAGCUAAGCUGUUGUACGACUCAGCGUUUCACCCUGACACGGGAGAGAAGAUGAUCCUUGUGGGCCGUAUGUCAGCCCAGGUCCCCAUGAACAUGUUCAUCACUGGCAUGAUGAUGACCUUUUACAAGUCAACUCCUGCUGUCGUGUUCUGGCAGUGGUUCAAUCAGUCUUUCAACGCUGUUGUCAACUAUACGAACCGGAGUGGCGCUAAUCCCAUCCCUGCCGAUCAGCUGGCAAAGUCAUACGCAAUGGCAACAAGUGGGGCUUUAGCUACCGCCCUUACCCUCAAUAGGAUGGUUAAAAGAGCACCUCCUCUUAUUGGUCGCCUAGUGCCUUUUGCUGCCGUAGCUGCAGCCAACUGUAUCAACAUUCCUACGAUGAGAAUUAAGGAGAUUGAGACUGGGAUACCAGUGUACGAUAUAAACAACAACAAGCUUGGCGAGUCAAAGGUGGCUGCCAAAACAGGCAUCGCAGCUGUGGUCUUCAGUAGAGUAGUGAUGGGGUCACCAAGCAUGGUGUUAACCCCAGUCAUAGUGAACAAGCUAGAUCAGAAGGGGGUGUUCAGAAGGUAUCCGUGGAGUGCAGCGCCAGUGCAGACUCUCAUCUGUGGAGCCAUUCUGACGUUCGCUACUCCAAUGGCGUGUGCAAUAUUCUCCCAACGAGCUCAGAUCAACGUCGACAAGCUCGAGAAACAUAUCCAG